UCAUGUUAGAGGACCCCAUAUUAGAUUUAUAUCGAACCAAUUUUGGUCUGAACUGGACCGUUGGCCAGUUCUUCAGUCAGUGCUAUAUAACCCUAGCCAACCUCGUUAGUCGUUUCCUCACCCCCGACCGGAUUCUGUCUCUCUCCUUCUCUCUGUUUGUCCCUCACUUUCUCUCUUUGUCUCUCACUUUCUCUCCCUGAUGUUGACGAAGUGGCUGAGAUCACCAGGUGGAGCUCACUUCUCCUCAACACAGCCACCAUCACCAAGGUACUUCUCUUGCUCAUCCUUCAAAGACAUUAAUAAUAUUCUCUUAGAAGAACUCCAAAAUGGAUCCAAAUCCGAACCCGAAUCCCCCAGAAGACCGUCCAUUUUCCACCGGGUCCGGCUCGCCACUUCACGCCUCCUUCAUUGCCGCCACUACCGCUCUAAAAUAUCCAUCCUAUCUCCACCUCCCAACCAUAGCGACCACCACAUCGUUGUCUACUUCACAAGCCUGCGCAUUGUCCGUAGGACAUUUGAGGAUUGCAGGACCGUCAGAUCAAUUCUUCUUGGAUAUCGCGUCCCAAUCGACGAACGAGAUUUGUCCAUGGAUGGUAGGUAUUUAGACGAGUUACAGGAGAUCACAGGGUCCAAAAAGGUAAGCUUACCUGUAGUUUUCAUUGGAGGGAAACAUGUUGGUGGGGCCGAGAAUAUCAAGGAGAUGAAUGAAAGUGGAGAAUUAAAGAUGUUGAUUGGUCGGUUAUCGUUUGUAGAAAACAGUAAUGGUUGUGAUCUUUGCGGAGGGCUGAGAUUUGUUAUUUGUGAACAGUGCAAUGGAAGCCAUAAGAUCUACUCAAAUAAGCUUGGGUUUAGAAUUUGCACCUUCUGUAAUGUGAACGGUUUGAUAAGGUGCGGUCUAUGCUCUCCGGUGGAAUCGCGACGCUUAUCAACCUCCUGAAUCCCUAUUUUUCGAAAAUUUAACUUAGGCUCGGUUUAUAAUAGAUUUACAAUAUAACAGUUUACUGUAAUUAUUGUGUCUUGGUCGCAUUUUCUUUUUUUUUUUUUUUUU